CAGCUAUACCUCUCACCUCAUCCCUCACCCACACAUUUCACUCGUGGUACACAUAACACAAAAAUAAAGCUCAAUUAGCUAUCACAAAAUUUUAAUGUGUACGGCAGUUAGCUCGUCAAUUGUUAGUACAUUAUACAGGGAAAAUGUACUAUUACGUCGACAAGUGCUGUCACCGAUCCUACCCCGCACCAUUCAAUGGCUUCAAUCAAAAAUCCGUUGCAUUUCCGGAACAGCCGUUACAAAGGAGGCAAAUCCAAAUUCAACGCCAACAACUGAGGCUGAUUUUCAAUAUAUUUAUGAGUCGACUAAGAGGAAGUUUCAAUCUAAAAAAUUGCCCGUUAAUGUAGAUCCGCACGCUGUAUUUGCAUGCAACGAGCUGGAUUUAUCCGAGGUGGUCGUUUACGGCUUUGACUAUGACUAUACGUUGGCCUGCUAUAAACCAAUUCUGGAGGAUUUGCUCUAUAAUUUGGCCAGGGAAAUGCUAGUUAAGCGAUUUCAUUAUCCGGAGGCAAUUUUGGAAUUGGAAUAUGAGCCGAAUUUCGCUGUGCGAGGACUUCAUUAUGAUGUCGAGAAGGGCCUUUUGGUGAAAUUGGACUCGUUUCUGCAGUUGCAAUUGGGAUCAGUCUAUAGGGGGAGGACAAAAGUGGAGGCGGAUGAAGUAUUGCAUCUCUAUCAUAAUCGCUUGUUGCCCAUCGCCUAUGUCGAGGGUCCCAAUAACAGCUAUAGGCAUAAUACCAAUUCUAAAAUGGUUCAACUGGCCGAUCUAUUUUCCGUACCAGAAAUGUGCCUACUUUGCAAUGUUAUCGAAUAUUUUGAACGGAAUCGCAUUGACUACAAUCCGGAAAUUGUUUUUCAUGACACAAGAACUGCAAUGGGUUCUUGCCAUCCGAUUAUGCAUGGAAGAGUAAUGCAUGAUACGGAAAAAUAUAUUGAACGUAAUCCCAAGCUGGUCAAAUAUUUAGAGAAACUACAGCAGGCGGGAAAGAAUCUCUUUUUGGUCACCAACAGUCCAUUCUCAUUUGUGAACUGUGGCAUGUCCUGGCUGGUGGGUCCACAUUGGCGUGACUUCUUUGAUGUGGUCAUUGUGCAGGCCAGAAAGCCAAAAUUUUUUACAGAUGAAUCACGGCCCAUUCGUUUGUUCGAUGAGAAAACUCAAUCGCAUCUUUGGGAUCGAGUUUUUAAACUAGAAAAGGGAAAAAUCUAUUAUGAGGGUUCAGUACGUCAAUUACAGGAGCUAAAAGGCUGGCGGGGACAUUCUGUUCUAUAUUUUGGUGAUCAUCCAUAUAGUGAUCUAGCGGAUGUAACAUUAAAGCACAGUUGGCGUACAGGAGCCAUCAUAAGUGAAUUGGCGCAUGAAAUCAAAACUCUAAACCGUGAGGACUUUAAAAUGAGCGCCAAUUGGCUACAAAUGUUAACUCAAUUGAUUGAAGAAACCCAGGACAAUGAAAGCGAUGGAGCUCAGAUAUGUCUGUCUAGAUGGAUGGAGGAGAGGGAUCAGCUAAGAAACAAGACCAAAAACGUGUUUAAUGAACAAUUUGGUAGUGUUUUUCGCACGUAUCACAAUCCCACGUAUUUCUCGCGACGUCUCUUCCGCUUUGCCGAUAUUUAUACCAGUGACAUAACAAACUUGCUCAAAUUCUCCACCUCGCAUACCUUUUAUCCACGUCGCGGUGUAAUGCCACAUGAAUAUGCCUCGCAUUUUAUUUAAAAUGUGUGGAGAGAGGGUGACAGAGAGUGUAGCUUUUUGUUUUUUUUUUUAGUUUGUAGUAUUACAAAAAAGUGCCAGUUGCUCGAAAUUAGUGAAUUUAUUAAAUAUAUAUCUCAUUAUAAUUAAUGUUA